AUGGACAAAGAGAAAUUCCCCACACUCGAUGUGGCUCCCCUUGGCACGGUCUCAUCAGCCUCCUUCAAUACCAGUCCCGCGACCAUGAGCACUGGACAGACAAACGCACUAUCCAACACCAGCCGUGAAAAGUGCACACAAACCUGUAAAAUUCGUCCCCCAACAAGUCAUGAUUCUGCCAUCAACAAAGCUCUAUUUGCUAGUCAAACGCCUGUCAGCUCCAGUAUGACCUAUCAGGCAGGAGGCAGCCGUUUUAGUCCAAUCUCUGCAUCAGCUGCCUGUACUCAGCCGCCAGAUCAUGAAAAUUGGCUUUCCUCUGCGUUAACACAGAAUCCGCGCUACUUUACA